ACACGUGUGUGUCGUCACAUCCGGUCGCGGCCUCCGCAUCGGUCUUCCGCUUCCUUGAAGGAGUCUGUCAGCGAGCUGCGGGACCAGAGACGAAACACACAUCAUUUCAGCUACCGGAGACCGAAUUAAACUAUAUUUCUGCACUCUGAACUCGAAGUAAACAUCUUUAGCUUCUUCCCGCCGUGAAUGGAUCAUGGAGUGUGUUCCUGCUGUUCUAGAUGAGUUGGAUGGUAAAAAGGAGACGCACAUAGAGGAUCCUGAGUAUAAUGUGUACACCCGCUUCAUGAAAUCCCACCGCUGCUAUGACCUGGUGCCCACCAGCUCAAAGUUGGUGGUGUUUGACACUUCUCUACAGGUGAAGAAGGCGUUCUUUGCUCUAGUGUCUAAUGGAGUGAGAGCAGCGCCUCUCUGGGACAGCAAGAAACAAUGCUUUGUUGGUAUGCUGACCAUCACAGAUUUCAUCAACAUACUUCAUCGCUAUUACAAGUCUCCUCUGGUCCAGAUAUAUGAAUUAGAAGAGCACAAAAUAGAAACAUGGCGAGAGGUCUACUUACAAGACUCCUUCAAACCUCUCGUCAGCAUAUCGCCCAAUGCCAGCCUAUAUGAUGCUGUCUCAUCUCUACUGAAGCAUAAGAUCCACAGAUUACCCGUCAUUGAUCCUCUAACAGGAAACACACUCUACAUCCUGACACACAAGAGGAUCCUCAAAUUCCUGAAGCUCUUUAUAUCUGAGAUGCCCAAGCCUGGGUUUCUGUCUCAAACGCUGGAGGAGUUGAACAUCGGAACGUUUCACAACAUCGCAGUGGUUCACUCGGAUACGCCGCUCUACGCCGCGCUCGGCAUCUUCGUGGAUCAGAGAGUGUCUGCCCUUCCUGUGGUGGAUGAAAAUGGACAUGUGGUCGACAUCUACUCCAAGUUUGAUGUUAUUAAUCUGGCCGCUGAGAAGACAUACAAUAACCUGGACAUCACUGUGACUAAAGCCCUCCAGCAUCGCUCGCAGUAUUUUGAGGGUGUGCUCACCUGCCGAGCCAAUGAGACGCUAGAGGCCAUUAUCAACCGACUGGUGGAGGCCGAGGUUCACAGGUUAGUGAUCGUGGAUGAGCAGGAGGUUGUGAAAGGCAUCGUGUCUCUGUCUGAUAUCUUACAGGCGCUGGUGCUCACCAGUGGAGACGAUGGAAGUGCUUGAUGGAAGUAGAGACAAGUGAAGCAGAACGUCUCUGUAUUUCCUCUUCUCUCAAUAAGCCACAAGGUGUUCCAGAUAAAGGAUUGAUAGAGAUGACACACAACCAUCCCAAACACAGGAGAUACUGAAGCACAACCGAUUACAGAGUGAAGAAAGAGACAUGCUGAGAAAAGACAUUGCUCUUCUAAGAACAAACUCUUUUAAUCAUAGAGCCUCCGUACUGCUUCAGGGAGUCUAUCGUUUUAAUUGGACAGAAUUCAAAUGAUUUUAAUGUCACUCGGCACAGUUCUUGCUGACGUGUCAGCCGUCGUUCAAGUUAUUUCCCUCACAGAAGGACAGCAGAUGAGCGCUGGAAAUGCAGAUGAGAUGUUUGUGCAGGUGUUUAAGUUUCAGUGGAGAACAAACCGAGUAUGGACUGAAAGAUUCCGUUAUUGAUCUGGUAGCACAGCGUUUUUCUAUCAUGUGGGCAUUUGAAAUUGAAGAGUUUAAUCUGAAUCGGUCUGUUUCCACACUACACACUGAUGCAGUAUUCAGAGGAAGUUUGAUUGCUUUAUUCGGAUCCAGUUUCUCUGAACAUCAAACCAGAGCCAUUUCAACUUCCUUUAUAAUGUGAACAUGGAGCGCUUUGCUAAAAUGUUUUUAAAUUAACCAUUGAAUAUUUAUAGCAUUGGAAAAACAAUUACAGCUCCAGAAUAUUAUCAUAGAUACAUUUUGUUUAUCUUUGAUUUUCCCUGUUGUUCUACGGCUGAUGCAGACGUGUGUUUUACUUCUAGGUUGCUCUUAACAUGUUGCUACUGAUUUUUUUUCAGCUGCAUGAUCUCAGUGGCUUUUAUCAAUGCAUUGACGUGAAGAGAAAGCAGAGUGUUUUUAUAGAUAACACAUUAGAAGCUCUCAUGAGAAACCGCCACUGAUCUCCUCUGUCAGCUGUGCAUUAUGGGUAAAUUGUGAUGUCAUUUCAGUUAGAUAUGCUUCCACAAUUAGCUGUUGAUGUAAUUUGAC